AGAUCAGGACUGCAAGAAGCUACUGCGUGCAUUCAAAAGAGCAUUUGUUUCCAAGAACCCUUGCAACAUCACAACAGAAGACUAUGAACCACUAGUUAAAUUGGCCACUCAAACCAUACCAUGUAACAAGAGUCUCUUUUGGAGCAAAUCCAAAGACCUGGCCCAUAAGUAUACCUGGGUCCAGGGGAAGAUGUUCACUCUAGAGGACACGCUGCUGGGCUACAUUGCUGAUGACCUCAGGUGGUGUGGAGACCCCAGUACUUCAGACAUGAACUAUGAGUCUUGCCCACAUUGGAGGGACAACUGUCCCAACAACCCUAUCACUGUGUACUGGAAAGUGAUUUCCAAAAAGUUUGCAGAAGAUGCGUGUGGUGUGGUCCAAGUGAUGCUCAAUGGAUCCCUCAGUGAACCGUUUCACAAAAACAGCACCUUUGGAAGUGUGGAAGUCUUUAAUUUGGACCCUGAUAAGGUUCAUAAGCUAGAGGCCUGGGUGAUGCAUGACAUCGAAACAGCUUUCAGUAACUCAUGCUCAAGCUCCUCCAUUAAUGAGCUGAAGUUGAUUGUGCAAAAAAGGAAUAUUACCUUUGCCUGCUGGGAUAACUACAGGUAAUUGGUUUCUUGUGAACAAAACAACUGUGUGAGCUGAGAAGGCUUUGGGAAUCCCUCUUAGGGCUUAAUGGUGUUCCCAUGGUGUGAUAUAUCAUGGUCUCUGCCCUGACAUCAACCUAACUUGUUUCCCUAGCCAAUGGCUUAAAUCAGGCUGCCCAUCCCUCCAUCCUCUUCUCCUCCUUCUCUACCAGCCCUAAGCAGUGACUGGCCCAGAAACUGAAUGGCUCUGAGAGGACACUCUAGCUUCAUGCUUUACUGCUGAGUUUUAGGGGACUAGAAAUGUGUUUUGACAAGACCUUUCGCCCAAGUAUUAAAGUCCUGUGACUGGCUAUAAAUUUGCAUGUGAAAUCUCCUUAGUUAGAUUCAAAUGUAAAUUUGGUAAAUUUCCACUUGGCAGUCUACCAAGAUUUAUCUUUCCUAAAUUAAAACCCAAACUAAUGUAAAUUCAUAAAAAAUUUUACCAUUAACCUAUAUAUUGUCUUUAAAGUCCCCUUUAACUUCAAAAGUGAGGCUCCCCUCAUUGUUUUUAACUGGUUGGGAAAAUGAUACAGUCAGGGACAUCUACCUCUACAAACAAGCACUUUUGGAGCUUUUCCUCUGAGGACUAGAUUCCACCAAGACUAAAGCAGAGAAAAAAAGGCUUUCUGAAGUAUGUACAAGCUGAAGAGACGGAAUAUUUUUCAUUCUCUUCACAUCAAAACCUACCAUAUCUCAAAAGCAGGAUGACAGAUUUAAAAGAUGGAUGGCUUAUUUCCCAGAUGACCCAAAUUUCCCAUCAAUCAGCUGUCUGUUCUUUGGAAACUGCCAGGAAAAAAAAAUUGGUCACCAUGCUGUAGUUAAAUGUAG